AUGUCGUUCAGCACACCAGACAUGAAGAGAUCCUCGGUGGGUACCAAUCUACACCAGUCUCCAACUGCCGCAUUGCGACGAAGCCAACUAUCGCCUGCUCGAAAAUCAGCACCAAGCUCGCCUGUCAAGAAGAGCCAUUUCCUUGCGUCACUUCAAGCCGCUGCAGGAGGAGGAGCAAGCAAGAUGGGUGGCAUGAGUGGUAGUAGCGGUAGCGGAGUCUUAGGAGCGACAACAACAAUAUUAACCGCCGCCACCUCCACUGCGACGUCCACAGCCACUAUCGCGUUGUCGGCUGCAUCGACCCAGGUGUCAAAAGAGGCAGCUCGAUUUUCACGACAUUUGGAGUCUCUCAAAAGCGGAAAGGGCCUGCCUGCUGCGAGAGGCGGGUUUUCGAACAGUGGCAAUAGAAGUGGUGCAGGAGGUGCAGGUGGGUCAAGAUUUUCUGCUUCAGCUACUGCAGGAGUAUUUGGAGGUGGCAAGUCGUCGCUGCUGUUAGGGUCCUCUCCAUCCAUCGCCAAAGUACUCAACAGCAAUAGUGCUGGAAACAAUAGCAGUGGAGCAACAACAACAGGAGGAGGAGGAGGAGGAGGAGGAGGAGGUGGUGGUGGACUCAGGACCCCUUCCAGCAAAAGCAGUGUCGCUAUGAGUUCGCAGACAAGUAACAACAGACCGCCAACAGCAAAGACACCAUCAACAUCACCGCAACGCCCACGAACACCUGGUGGCGGUCUCUCUCGUACGAGCAGCUCGUCAAUUGUCAGCACAAAGUCCCUGGCCGCACAGGCAAACUCUUGCUUGACACGCACUGUGAGCUGUGGCAACUUGACGACGACCAAGAAGCUCGAGGUUGUCAAGAACGACUGGGUCGGCAGCAACGCUUCACCUAAGAAGGGUAAACGCACCUUCAACCCGGGAGACCGGUUUAUACCCAGGAGGAUUGAUAUGGCGAGUGCGCAGGUCAUGAUUGAUAUGGCCAAGGGCCCAACACUCCACCGAGCAUCUUCAUUUUCAGGAUCAUCUGCACCGACUCACCACCAUAUCCCUGUCGACCCAUUGGAUGGAUCAGCUUACAGCCAAGAGGUUGCCAGGGCGUGUGGUCUCGAUCUCAACAGCCGCAUUUUGUGCUUCAAUGCCGAAGCCCCUUCGCUGGACAAUCGAGAAUCGUCUGUGGUUCGGCAAAUGUACAGUCGCCACCCAAGUUUCACGCGAUCCAACUCGAACUUGUUGUUGAAGAAGAGGACCAUCUUGACCAGCCCCGAAAGAAUCCUUGACGCGCCUAGCUUGGUGGAUGAUUACUACCUGAAUCUGUUGUCGUGGUCUUGUAUGAAUCAGCUGGCGAUCGGACUGGACAAGUCAGUAUUUGUGUGGAAUGCCGAUUCGGGACACGUCGAGUCUUUGGUCACGCUGAAGGGCAACUUGGAUUCGGUCACGUCGGUCUCGUGGGCAGACGAUGGCGCGUCGUUGGCAGUCGGAACUUUUGAAGGUGAUGUUCAAGUUUGGGAUGUCGAGACAAGGACCAAGCUCCGAACUAUGUCGGGACAUGCUGCGCGUGUUGGAGUGUUGGCAUGGGACAAGCAGAUUGUCAGCUCUGGAUGUAGAGAUGGAUCGAUCUGGAACCAUGAUGUCCGUGUACAUAACCACAAGGUUGCGGAGCUGUCGAACCAUACGAACGAGGUCUGUGGGCUGACUUGGAGAAGCGAUGGAAUGCAGUUGGCCAGUGGUGCGAACGACAACAUUGUCAACAUCUGGGAUGCCCGCUCCACCGUCCCCAAGUACACCAAAACCAAUCACACCGCCGCCGUCAAGGCGUUGGCAUGGUGCCCGUGGCAGUUGAAUUUGCUAGCAUCAGGAGGUGGGACAUACGACAAGCAGAUCCACUUUUGGAACUCGACAUCGGGUGCGCGCGUGAACACACUGAAUGCGGGAUCUCAGGUCACGUCGAUCAUCUGGGCCAAAGAGUACAAGGAGUUCAUGUCGUCCCAUGGUUAUCCGAACAACAACCUGUCAGUGUACAGCUACCCUUCGAUGAGCAAGGUGGUGGACAUUCCAGCGGCUCACGACUCGAGAGUGUUGCAUUCUGCAGUCUCGCCUGAUGGACAGACUGUGGCGACGGUUGCGAACGACGAGAAUUUGAAGUUUUGGAAGUUGUUUGAGAAGCAGCCCAAGGAUGGCAAGGGUAGCAGUAAGAGGGCGAAGCUGUCGUUGUCGGGUUCUGCUGGUAGUGGCAGUGGUGGGCUGUUGGAGGAUGAUGGCGAUUGCGGUGGAGAUGGCGGAACUGGAGGUGGGUUCCUCCAUGGCAAAUCGAUUUCAUCCCUGACACGCAUCAGAUAA